CCCUUAAUGGCUGACCAUAUCCCAGAAUUUCAAGAUGAAUCUGCACUUUCCCUUGGUCAAUCUAAAUCUAACCUUGGCGUUGGAAUCCUUUCAUUACCUCUAGCAUUUAAAUAUUCCGGAUGGAUUAUUGGUCUAUCAUUAUUUUUUUUCUGCACGAUAGUUGCAAGUCAUGGUGCAAGAUUAUUAAUAAAAUGUUUGAAGUAUGAAAAAGGACUUCAUACAUAUCCUGAUAUAGCUGCGAUAACAUAUGGAGAAUUUGCAAAAUCUGCUAUAUUUGCUUUACUCGCAUUUGAAAUAUUUAUAAUUUUAAUUAUUUUAGUAAAUAUUAUUGGUGAUACUUUAAACACGCUAUAUCCUGACAUGUCUAUUGUAUCUCUAAAAAUUAUUUCUUGGAUAGUGUUAGUACCAUUAACGUUAAUUGAUAUAAAAUAUCUCUCAUAUGUAUCAUUUCUUGGAAUAUUAUCGACAAUAUUUUUGGCAUUAGUAAUACUAAUUAAUGGGAUUACAAACUAUGAACAACCUGGAA